GCGCUCAGAAGGUGCAUGGUGCCGAAGGGGAUUCGAGAAAUCUUUGUGCACGGAAGUGGGAGAGAUCGGGCAGUGCAACGGAAUAGCCUUGAGUUAACAAAGGACACUUUGAAUUCUACGUCCUCCACGAGACAGACGGCGAGGGAUAGUGCUCUCGCGGCGUUGAAGAGGAGAAGAUAAUCCGUAACUGAUCUUGAAUAGAUUGAUUAGACACGU